AUGACUCCAACCUCCCAGGCGCAGGUAAGGAUGAGCAGCGGCCUGAAGCAGAGCCUGGGCAGCGCCAUGCAGCUGGCUUUGACGCACUGCCGGCAGCAGUUCCGCUGGGAGCGGUGGAACUGCCCCGAGGCCUCAUUCUUCAGGCGGGAGCGGCAGGUGGCGACGAGGGAGACGGCCUACGUGAACGCCAUCAUGGCCGCCGGGGUGGUGUACUCGGUGGCACGCAGCUGCUCCCGGGGAGACCUGGAGGACUGCUACAGCGACCCAGCGCGGACCCCACCAGCACACCUCGCAGGGAGGGCUCGCUGGGAGGCCAUGCCCGAGGAUGUGACCCACGGAGAGAAGGUGUCGCAGCAGUACCUGCGGAGCCGUCGCAAGGACGACUGGAGCGCCGCGGCCAGGGCACACAACACGGCCGUCGGCAGGACGGCGGUGGAGGACACCAUGGUGCGGGCCUGCAAGUGUCAUGGAGUGUCGGGCAGCUGCAGCAUGAAGACCUGCUGGAAGAAGAUGGUGGAGUUCGGCAGCAUCGCGUCCACCAUCCACCGGCACUACAAGCAUGCCGUCAAGAUUGGGUUCGAGUGGGGCGUCGCCGACUUCGCCCUGGGCAACGGCGGCGCCAGCAGCAGCGGCCAGAAGAUCUCCGAGGCCAAAAUCAAGCACCUGGUGUACCUCCAGGAGUCUCCGAACUACUGCUAUCCCAAUUCCUCUACAGGCUGGCCCGGGACGCGCGGGCGCACGUGCUCGCGGCCGCGCGGUGACAACGCUACUGCAGAGGAGCGGCGCAGCUGUCGCCGACUGUGUCGCUCCUGCGGGUACCGCGUGCACCGCGUGCUGAGAGAGGUGCGCUCUGCCUGCAACUGCAGCUUCCAGUGGUGCUGUCAGGUGUCGUGCAGCACCUGCACCAGCACUGUCCACGACCUGUCCUGUCAGUGA